UGAGGUAGCCGAAGCGGCGGGCCCCGCGCAGUCCUGCUCCGCGCACGCGCCCCGCGACCUCCCGGUGCUGACAGCGCGAGCGCGCGGCCCCGCGGGAGCAGCACGAAUGUAUGACAACAUGUCCACGAUGGUGUAUAUAAAGGAAGACAAGUUGGAGAAGCUGACACAGGAUGAAAUCAUUUCUAAGACAAAGCAAGUGAUUCAGGGGUUGGAAGCUCUGAAGAAUGAGCACAAUUCCAUUUUACAAAGUUUACUUGAGACACUGAAGUGUUUGAAGAAAGAUGAUGAAAGUAAUCUGGUGGAAGAGAAAUCAAACAUGAUCCGGAAGUCACUGGAAAUGUUGGAGCUUGGCCUGAGUGAGGCACAGGUCAUGAUGGCUUUGUCCAAUCACCUGAACGCUGUUGAGUCCGAGAAGCAGAAACUGCGUGCACAGGUUCGUCGGCUUUGCCAGGAGAACCAGUGGCUUCGGGACGAACUUGCCAAUACGCAACAGAAAUUACAGAAGAGUGAGCAGUCUGUGGCUCAACUGGAGGAGGAAAAGAAGCAUCUGGAGUUCAUGAAUCAGUUAAAAAAAUACGAUGAUGACAUCUCUCCAUCCGAGGACAAAGACACCGAUUCCACCAAAGAGCCUCUGGAUGACCUUUUCCCAAAUGACGAUGAUGAUCCCGGUCAAGGAAUUCAGCAGCAGCACAGCAGUGCAGCGGCGGCCGCGCAGCAGGGCGGCUACGAGAUCCCGGCGCGGCUGCGCACUCUCCACAACCUGGUCAUCCAGUACGCCUCUCAGGGGCGCUAUGAGGUGGCCGUGCCGCUCUGCAAGCAGGCCCUGGAGGACCUGGAGAAGACUUCCGGCCACGACCACCCGGAUGUGGCCACCAUGCUGAACAUCCUGGCUUUGGUGUACAGAGACCAGAAUAAAUACAAAGAUGCCGCUAAUCUACUGAACGAUGCCUUGGCCAUCCGUGAGAAAACUUUGGGCAAAGAUCAUCCCGCGGUGGCAGCAACUCUGAAUAACCUCGCAGUUCUUUACGGCAAAAGAGGGAAGUACAAAGAGGCCGAACCGCUGUGUAAAAGAGCUCUGGAGAUCAGAGAAAAGGUUUUGGGAAAGGAUCACCCCGAUGUUGCCAAGCAGUUAAAUAACUUGGCCUUACUGUGCCAGAAUCAGGGCAAGUACGAGGAAGUAGAAUAUUAUUAUCAAAGAGCCCUCGAGAUCUACCAAACAAAACUGGGGCCCGAUGACCCCAAUGUGGCCAAAACGAAAAAUAACCUGGCAUCCUGCUACCUGAAGCAAGGAAAAUUCAAGCAAGCAGAAACACUGUACAAAGAGAUUCUCACUCGUGCACACGAAAGGGAGUUUGGUUCUGUCGAUGAUGAAAAUAAACCCAUUUGGAUGCACGCUGAAGAAAGAGAAGAAUGCAAAGGAAAGCAAAAGGACGGGACCUCUUUUGGAGAGUAUGGCGGCUGGUACAAAGCCUGCAAAGUUGAUAGUCCAACUGUUACAACUACUUUGAAAAACCUUGGGGCACUUUACAGACGUCAGGGCAAAUUUGAAGCUGCAGAAACAUUGGAAGAAGCAGCCAUGAGGUCCCGUAAACAGGGUCUUGACAAUGUUCACAAACAGAGAGUAGCUGAAGUGCUGAAUGACCCUGAGAACAUGGAGAAGCGCAGGAGCCGGGAGAGCCUGAACGUGGACGUGGUCAAGUACGAGAGCGGCCCUGAUGGAGGGGAGGAAGUGAGUAUGAGCGUAGAGUGGAACGGGGCCUAGCUGCCUCAUGUGACGUUCACACUGUCUCCUGCAUGACGGGCGGCUCCUCCUCCGGCUUUUACUUCUCUCUCCAGUGCUGACUGCUGUGCUUAGCGAUCCCCUAGGAUUCUUGUCAGAGCGCCACCUCUCUGUGACUGGCCAUUCCUUUCGGUGCUGCUGUCCUUUUUGGGGGGUUCCUUAUCUCUGUAUACAUGUAGCUCUGCCAGAUAUGUACCUAGUAAUAUAAACUGUGUUAAUAAAAACCAUUUACUGUGUGAUACAUGAGUUUAAGAAUUAAGAGCGAUUAGUUCACUUUGAUCAAAGGUAGUUAGAAGUCUCCCGCAGGUGUUAAUGCUGUGGCAUGACCGUGACCAUUGAACUAGCUAGGCUGUAGGGGUAGGGCAUGUGCUGCUCCCGUUGUCCUCUGAGACCCGGCGGGGUCACCCGCACCCCGGGCUCUCCCCUUAGGAUCUCACUCCAGUAGCGUUUGCUGUGUAGUCUCUGUGACAUUUUGGCAAUUUUGCUUUUCUCCACUAAUCUUUAAGUGUUCGGUGAUUUGUGUAUUUGUGUCUUUCUAACUUCUAAUAAACUCACUCCAACUGACCCGUGUCUUGGUGUCUGUCUGCCUAGUAGAACUUCUCACUCUUUCCAUGGAAUGCGGCAUUGCGUAGCUUCUUGAAGGAAUGGGGCUACUGUUAAUCUCACUAAGUGAUUCAUUCUGAGAAUAGAAGUUGCUUAUAGACACA